AUGGAUAAACCCCUUCCAGCCUCUCAAACGAAACAUCUAACCAAUCUCUCCCACCCACUUCCGCCGCCCUAUUCCAAUAUCUCAGUAAAUCUGCGUCAAAUAUCCUCUUCUUCUGGUGAGACCGGAACGACUGGUACGACGGGCACGACAGGUACGACAUUAUGGUUAUCAGCUCAGAUACUUUCUUUAUACCUUUCCUCGCUGUUGGGUACGAGCACCACGACGAACAAGAAGAAUGAUUGUGAUGGUGUAAGAAUUAACCGGCAUGAUGAUGAUGAUGACGAUGAUGAUAAAAAGAAGCAAAAAGUAGUGCUUGAAUUAGGUAGUGGGAUAGGAUAUACUCCCCUUGUUCUAGCGAACCUAGGUUGGAAAGUGAUAUCAACAGAUAUAGAACCUGUGUUGAGUACAGUCCUGAAACCUAAUAUAGAAUAUAACAAAAAUACUAUAAUUGGGAAUGGAAAAGGCGAAAUAGAAGUGAAAGAAUUAGAUUGGAUAUACAUUGAUGAACUACAACAUGAGAAUCAAGUCAAUGAUUUGAAAGAUACUGGUGUACCAGACGAAAUGAAGUACUUGAAAGAAGAAGGAAUCGAUAUGAUCAUAAUGUCAGAUACCUUCUAUUCACUCUCUUUGAUCCAACCAUUAUGGAAUACCCUCCUAUACAUCUCUCACUUCAAAAACGACGACAAACCACCAGUGAUUUAUAUAUCUUUGGAAAGACGUGAUUCCCUUUUGAUUGAUCAUGCUUUAGAGACAGGAAAGAAGAUGGGAUUCGACUUGAAGAAAGUAAAUAAGAGUAGAUUGAAUAAGGAGAUUCAGUCUUCUGGAUGGGGCUGGGAGGGAGAAGAUUGGGAUGGAGUGGAAAUUUGGAAAUGUCGUUGGAAGGGUAAACAAAGAGAUGAACCAAUAGAUGGAUAG